AUGGUUGUUCCAAUUAAAACUUAUUUUAUUGGAAAACGACAUUUAAGCCAUCGAAUAACACGAAAACCACCACAAGUGACAUUAGAAACUGCUGCAGCUGCUGCUGUUGCACAAGAAGUUUCACUUUCUGUCCCUUUGAAUGAUUCUAAUAAUAUCCCAAAUCAAUCUGAAACAGCAGUAAUAACCAGUCCAUUAUUAGAAGAAGUUGUACAAGCUCGACGAGCAACAGUAUCCGAAGAAGAAGCACCAAAAGAUGCAGAAAAUAUUGAAAAUUUUGAAAAUGUUAAUGAAACAUUAAAAUAUAAAGAUAAACCAAUAAUUGUCGAUAUAAGUGUUUGUAUAUUAAUUUCAUUAAUAGUUUUAUAUGGAAUAAGCCGUCAAGUAGAAGUAGCUCGUCGUUCUCAAGAUCAUAUUGUUCAUAAGUCGUCUGAACAAAGAAUUGAGGUAGAAAAAAAAUGUGAUCGUGUUGAUUGGCUUUUAAGAAAUAUUUUACCUGAACAUGUUAUAGAAGUAUUAUGUCAAUUAGGUGGUUCAUAUUCUCGUAAUCAUCCAUGUGUUGGUGUUCUUUUUGCAUCAUUAAUUAAUUUUCAUGUUUUGUAUGAAGAACAAUAUGAAGGUGAAAAAUUUUAUUCAAGAAUUUUAAAUGAAUUUUAUGGAGAUAUUGAAGAAUUAUUUCUUGAUCGAAGAUUUUUAAAAAUUGAAAAAAUUAAAACUAUUGGAUCAACAUUUAUGGCGGCAUCUGGCAUACAAACAGAUUCGAAUGAUCAAAAACCACUUGAAUGUGUUUAUGAUCUUGUUAAAUUUGCUUGGGCAUUUCAAUCAACAAUGCGACGAUUUAAUGAAGCACUUUUGAAUUUUACAUUUGAACUUCGAAUGGAUUUAAAUUUUGGAUCAGUUACAGCUAGUGUUAUUGGUACAACAAAAUUAUUUUAUGAUAUUUGGGGUGAUACAGUCAAUGUUACUUCAAGAAUGGAUUCAAUUGAUGAAAAAGGACAUAUUCAAGUUUCGGAACAUGUAGCAAUGGCUUUAAAAGACAAAUCUAAAUUUCAAUUAAGAGAAGAAAUAGAAGUUAAAGGAAAAAGUCGGAUGAUAACAUAUUUUCUUGAACCAAAUUAA